AUGGUGGGCCCCCCAAGGAUGCGGCGGAGACAGAGCUGGGUGCUGGCGCUGGCCGUGGGCAUCGCCCUCAGCUUCAGCCUCUCUGUGCUGUGGAGGCUUCAGAGCCAGGCGUCCCAGCCCAAGACAGCGUCGGCGUCCGGCAAAGGAGCGAGGCCAGACCCCAAACAUCCCUGCCGGACCAUGGACCAAAACAGGAGCCCCAUCCCCGAGGCCCCUGUGAUGGGGGCAGAGCAGUGCCGGGGGCUGGUGCAGAACUGGAGCGCAGGGACCCUCCCCGCCAGGCUGGACCAGGGCUGGAUCUUGAGGCAGCUGAAGCUGGUGCAGAGCUGCCCCUGGGCACAUAAUGCCAGCGCCUUGGGCCAGUACAGGGAACAGCUGGGGGGCUGCUGUAACGCUUCAGCCAAGCUGGUGCUGACCUGGGACAACACCCCACUGGGCUCCCAGAUCGUCUAUGACGCACAGCGGGACAAGAAGCAUCCAGUGAAGGAGGAGCUGCUGGAGAUGCUGCCGCAGGUCUCCCCGUUUCAGGGCGCCCCCUACGAGUGCUGCGCCGUGGUGGGGAACGGGGGGAUCCUUCGUAACAGCAGCUGUGGCCCCGAGAUCGACCGCGCCCAGUUCGUCAUCAGGUUCAACCUGCCCCCCAUGGACUUUGCUGACGACGUGGGCACCAAAUCGAGCAUCGUCACCAUGAACCCCAGCAUCCUGCACGCCCGGUUCAGGGGUCUGAGCCGCUGGCGCCGGCCCUUCGCAGAGGCGGUGGGCACCUACGGGGCCCCGCUGCUCCUCAUCCCGGCCUUCAGCUUCGCCGCCUACACCGCGGUCUCGUCCCAGGCACUCUACACCCUGGAGGACUUCGGCUCUCCGGCCCGCGCCGUCUUCAUGAACCCCGAGUACCUGGCGGGGCUGGACGGGCACUGGCGUUCCCGUGGCCUGCGCGUCAACCGCCACUCCUCGGGCUUCAUGCUGGUGAGCGCCGCCCUGGAGCUGUGCCAGCACCUCACCCUCUACGGCUUCUGGCCCUUCCCCACGGACCCCGAGGGGCAGCCCCUGUCCCACCACUAUUACGACAACCAGCCCCCCAAGCCAGGCUUUCAUGCCAUGCCCGACGAGUUCACCCGCUACCUGGGCAUGCACCUGCAGGGCGCGCUGCGGCUGCAUCUGGGGCGCUGCCGGUGA